AUUAGCCUGUAUUAACCAAAGCAUUAACAUGUAGUUCCCUAUUAUGUCCAGGAGAGGGAGCUGUUGUUUGGCUUUUAAUCAAGUUUCCUUCAGUUCAUAACAUAGAUGUUAGCAGAGAAGCUAAGUAGGAGGUGAGCUUCUACGCUCGUCCUCGAAGCUCGUACAGUUGGUUCAACAUGUACGAGCCGGACACCGCCGCCAUCCUGCCUGAAGACUUCCUCAGCGCCGCUUCACCGGACGAUCCAUCCGCUCACGGCGAGGAAGAGGAGGAUCGCCCCCCGAUCGCCAAAGCUGCGGGACCGCCGUCACGAUGCCCGCUGCCGGUGUCCGUGGAGCCGGUGCUCUUUCUGUCCACGUUCUCCCUGGUGCUCCAGAGUCCCCUGACCACCCAGUAUCUGUGGGACCGCAUCAGCGAGGAGCUCGACUACAACGGCUCCAGGAGGUCGGAGUGCAACAGUUCAGAGCCCGCAGACCCCCUGCAGAAGGAAGUGGAAACUUUGACAGCUCACUGGAACCUGUACCUCAACCUGGGAGGUUUUUCUGUGGGACUGCUGAUCGUGCCUCUCCUGGGUUCGUGGAGUGACCUUGCCGGCCGCAGAACCGUUCUUAUCCUCCCCAACCUUGGUCUGGCCCUGCAGGCAGCCGUUUACCUUGUAGUGAUGUACCUCAAGCUUCCUGUGGCUUACUUUCUGGUGGGCCGGCUGCUCAGUGGUCUGUCGGGAGACUUCAACGCCAUCCUGGCGGGCUGUUUUGCCUAUGUGGCGGACAUUACUGACAGGAGGUCCCGAACCUUCAGGGUGGCGGUGUUGGAGGCCUGUCUGGGACUUGCAGGGAUACUAGCCAGCAUCAUAGGAGGGGAAUGGCGGCGUGCCCAAGGCUACAUCAACCCGUUCUGGCUGGUCCUAGCAACCAACUUGGCCUCGGCUCUGUACGCUUCCUUCGUUGUGCGGGAGUCUGUACUUCCAGACCCAACCGCCAAGCUCCUCACAACUCGCCACCAUAAAGCAGUAUGGCGCCUCUACUCGACCGGAGGCAGCAGCACUGAAGUUGACAGACGCUUUCGCAGGUGCAAGCUGUGGCUUUACUUGCUGUGCUUCUUCGUGGUGGUGACUGUUCACUCCGGGAGCAGAGAGCUGUACGUGUUGUAUGAGCUGAGCCCACCUUUGUGCUGGGGGUCGGCCCUCAUCGGAUAUGGGUCGGCAGCUCAAAACCUGGCUUACCUGACCAGUCUGCUGGGACUGAGGAUCAUGCAGCUGUGCCUGCAGGACUCCUGGGUGGCCCUCGUGAGUCUGGCCUCCAACAUAACCGGGCUUUUGGUCUUUGCCAUCGCGGAUAGCACCCAGCUUAUGUUCACAGGUUACGGGCUGUGUUUCCUCUUCAUGGCUUCGACCCCUGUGCUCAGGUCCAAACUGUCCAAGCUGGUGGAUCCAUCUGAGCAAGGUGCUCUUUUUGCCUCCGUUGCCUGUGUGGAGACCUUGUGUUUUCUUGUGGGCAGUGGAACCUUCAACUCUCUCUAUCCAGCCACGCUUCACUUCAUGAAGGGCUUCACCUUCCUGUUUGCUGCCAUCCUCCUCCUAAUCCCUGCUGGAAUUAUUGGGACUCUGCAAUGUUUAGAUCAGAGGAGAGAGCUCAGAGAAUCUGCUGUCUCCUGACUGGAGGAGCACAAAGACACACAAAGAGGAGCCCCCACACGGUUAUAGCGCCUCCUGGGGGGAGUCAGGGAGGUGAGCGGCUCUGAUGUGUCCAACAUUGGAUGAUGGGAAAUACUUUAGACCCUCAUACCUCUGCUGAGUGACUAAAAAAAAGAAAAAGUCAAGACUAGAUGACUAAACUCAACAGAGAUUGCUGCACAAACUGCCUCUGUAAACGACAAAAGGGACGUCCUGACUUUGUCAAACCAUUGCCAGUCCAGUUACUUAAAAAAUAUACAAAUCAUGUAAUGAUGAAGAAGAAAUAUAUCUAUGGAGUGAUUUUAUAUGUUUACAGUGAAGAAUGAAGGCUAACAAUUGAAUUUCUUUCAGCCUUGAGUGCGAGUGUGUGAUAGUACCGAACCCUUAAAGUGACAAAGUUUCAAAUCAUAUCAAUGGUUUCAUUCCAAAAAGAAAAGAAUGUACACACGUCCUUUCUUCCUCGCGAAAGUAUCUAUCUAAUCAGUCACUUUGAAGAAACAUAUUUGCAAAAUUGUGUUUUGUUUGAGGGAAUGAACAAGAAUAAACUAAAUCUAUUUACUGUAA